UUUUAUUCCCGUGUGCAAUAUAAACAAAAGGUGAAACUGAGAAAUAAAAUUCAGAUAUUUGAAUUCACAUGGUUGAAGUUAAAAUAUCCUCGUUUUGUUGUAGUGCAGUGCAGUGAUCACGCUUUGUAAUUAUUAUAAAAAUGCUAUUUGAAAAUUUCUGUUGUUUUGUGAUCCUAUGUUCUAUCUUUGCAUUUGCAUCUUCGCGACCUCAGGUCAGCGAUUUCCAGUUUUUUUACGAUACAAAUGUUAAAUAUGAAGGAAGUGAAUGCAAAACUACUAGUGGAUUAAAUGGAAUAUGCCAAAGCGUGCAAAAUUGUGAAAAAACGAAUAUAAAAGUGUCAAAAAAUGACUUCUGCUCAUUUUCAAAUGUUGGUCCACUUUACUGCUGUACUACGGCUACCAGUGGUGCAACAGAACCUACCAAUUUAGUGGAGAAUAAACAAUCAGACAAACUUCUUAGUCUCAGACCAAUUGAGCAAAUUUGCGAACACUAUUAUCCGAGAGACAAACCACCAAGGUUAGUUUUUACGGGUGGUGAGAAGUCAAAAGCAGAUGACCAUCCUCAUAUGGCAGCGUUAGGCUGGAUUAACUUCGAUGGGGGCAUAGAUUGGCGAUGCGGAGGUGCUGUGGUUACAUCUAACUUUAUAUUGACUGCUGCCCAUUGCACCAGUUUUCGAGGAAACCCACCUGUGAUUGCCCGAACAGGUGAUUUGAAUUUAUUGAUUACCGAGAACAAUACUUUCCCAGAGGACUUUCAAAUAACAAAUAUUUAUGUUCAUCCUGAAUACAAAUCUCAUGAAAUGUACCACGAUAUAGCUUUAUUGAAAAUUUCGCCAGAUUUCAGCAAAAGAAAAUUCCUUCCAGCAUGUAUCUGGUCACAAUAUCAAAUCCCUCAGCAAGAGGUUCUUGGCAUGGGAUAUGGUACAUUAGCGUUCAGCGGUCCCCAAUCAAAUGAAUUAUAUGAGGGAACACUGAAAUUACAAUCUCACGAAGAGUGUGUGCAAAAGGUACCAACAAGUCCAGAUAUUCCAAGGGGAAUCAUUCGUGGACAACUAUGUGCUCAAGAUCCUCAAAAUAUAAAGGACACUUGUCAGGGCGAUUCUGGAGGACCCCUGCAGUUUGACAAUUCUGUUGGUUACAGUUGGAGGCCUACAAUUGUUGGAAUUACUUCUUUUGGGCAAAACUGUGCAGGCAGUGUACCUGGCGUAUAUACACGUGUGUCAGAGUACUUAGAAUGGCUUGAAAAUAUACUAUUGUCGGACUUUCAUAAUAACACAGAAACUACAACAAAGUAGCUAUUAUAAUCUUCAUUUAUAAUUCAUUUCUAAACAAGCGCACAAUUUGAAAACUAGUGAAACCUGAACAUUGACAAUAAAUAAAAGGGAGACAUAUUUACAACAAAUGUGAUAUACUACUAUUGCAAUAUACCAGUAAUAAAAUC